CUCAGUCUGACUGUCAGCGUUUGUCAGGAGAACUCGGGAACAUGGCUUCAAUGUUUCUGUGCUUCACCAUCCUCUUCAUCACCUUCUGCACAGCAGAUGGAUACGUGACUUACAGUUUGUUUCGCUGCCUGUUUAAUUCCACUGAACUGAAGGACAUCCAGUAUAUCUAUUCUAGAUAUUAUAACAAAGUGGAAUUUGCCAGAUUUGACAGCAAUUUGGGAAAGUAUGUUGGAUACACUGAGUUUGGUGUGAAGAAUGCAGAGCGUUGGAACAAUGAUCCUGAUGUACUGAGCAGGAGGAGAGCUCAGAAGGAGACAUUCUGCCAUCACAACACUGGGAUUUGGUACAGAAACGUUCUGCUCAAGUCAGUGAAACCAUCAGUCAGGCUUCACUCCGUGACGCCUGCUGGUGGUCAUCAUCCUGCCAUGGUGGUCUGCAGCAUCUACAACUUCUAUCCUAAACAAGUCAAAGUGAGCUGGUUGAGAAAUGGGCAGGAAGUCACCUCUGAUGUCACUUCCACUGAUGGGAUGUCAGAUGGUAAUUGGCUCUACCAGAUACACUCCCACCUGGAGUACACACCUAGGUCUGGAGAGAAGAUAUCCUGUAUGGUGGAGCACGCAAGCCUGAAGGAACCUCUGAUCACUGACUGGGACUCGUCCAUGCCUGAGUCAGAGAGGAACAAACUCGCCAUCGGAGCCUCAGGACUGAUCCUGGGUCUGACCUUAUCUCUGGCUGGAUUUGUUUACUACAGGUGGAAGGCCCGAGGACUGAUGCUGGUUCCCAGUAGCUGAUCCUGAUUGUGGACCUGGGCCUCGUUCUGCUUCUGUCUGUCAGCUGAAAGCAAAAGCAGAAGCUGCUGGAAGCUCUGUGUUUGAUCAAGGCUCUUUGAGACGGGCUGAAUGUGGACUGUGGUGCAUCUCCUGGAGCCUCAAUGCUGUGCAAAGUGUUCUUAGAGUCUUUACACCUGUCUGACCACAGGAACGUCUCAGGUCCAACCAGAAUGUCACUUCUGGUAAAAUGUAGUUUAACAUGUGACAUUUAUUUUACCUGACCUGAAAAAACCCAGGUGUGUGGUGGGAAACUGACUCUUUCUGUUAGGAUACCUGGUCGUUGACCCAGUGUUUUGAGCUUUGCAUUAUAAUUGAACUUUCAUUUUGUCAUUAUUUAUUAUUUCUAGUCUUUUGGGUUCUAUGUUAGUUUUUAGUCUUCUGGUUUCUGUCUCCGUCUUCCUCUGUCUCCCCUGUCAGCUGUAUCCGCUUGUCAAGUCUGCGUCUCUGUGUUUUAUGUUUCCUGUUUUACUUUGAAAGUCCGUGUCUCAGGUGGGUGUUUUUAGUUUUGCUUCCCUUGUCUUGUUUGGCCUGAUUUGGCUCAGCUGUGUUUCCCUCCUGCCUCCCAUAACCUAAUUGUUCCAGUUGUGUAUUUAAGCCAUGUGUUUUCCUCGGUUGGUGUUGCAAUUUCCCUCAUCCCGUGCUUUGUGUUUUGCCUCUCUACCUGGUUAAGUUGUUAUCAUUUCCAAUAUACUUAGUUUUCUGCUCUUUUUUCUCAUCCAGCAAUAAAAGCUGAGCUUUGAGUUCACGUUUGCUUCUGUGAGUCUGCACUUUCAUCAUCAUCAUAGUUUAUUUAUAUAGCACUUUAAAAACACACAGGGCUGACCAAAGUGCAGAACAACAGACUUUGGGUCCUAUCUUGCCUUCACACAGCUUUCAAAUGAUACUUUCAGUGCUUAGGCUGAUAGAAGUGCUGGAAUGGACGCCACUCCAUGUGUGUUUGUGUAAAUUUCUAGUGUUAACACCCACAUUCAGACGCUCAGACUCUCAGGUGUUUGUUGGAUUUUUACUUCCUGAUUCUUCUCAAUAAAUCAGUUGUUGUGAUGUUA